UGUUUAGAUCACCAAGAGUUCCAUUAUAUAAUAUUUGACAGUUGGGUUUUGUCUUCCAAAAGUUUCCAAUUUUUGCAAUAACUUCUGUAUCUGUUUCUCUCUCUUUUUAUUCUGUCUCUUCUGCUUCUCCUUCUUCUUCGUCAUACAGGGUAGAACAGCCUUUUCAGUUACUGUCACAUUACAUUUUCUAAAUGAUGCCAUAGAAAAACAGAAGAAACAGGGGACUCUGUUUUGGGUUUUUGCAGAAGCCCAUCUGAGUUUCACCUCUGAAACUAAUCUUGUUCUUCCUCAAAAGCUCAGCUUUUCUUCUGGGUUUAGCUUCUUUUGUCUUGAAAGAUUCAAAGCCAGUAGCUUUUUAUCUUGUUAUGUUCUUGGUUGCCAUUUUCAGAUUAUGCAAAUUAAUGAGCUCAUGGGUUUGUUUGUUUGAUUGUUAUUUUUUGAUCUAGAUCAAGUUAAAAUGGAGGAAGUGAGGAGAUAUUGACUAUUAUGUAAUUGAUUGAGAAAGAAAGUUAACUUUAUGAGGUUUUUGUUUUGCAAAAUUCAUUGUCCUUCCUUCGUUUGCUUUUGCAAACCCCCUUCUCAUCUAUACACACUUGGGCCAUUGAAGUUGGAGAACAACUCACAUGUUCCUUCAACCACAGCAAUUGUGUCAGCUUCUAGUGAUCAUCAAGAUGCGGGUGGUGGUUGUGGUGAUGAUGAGUUCAAAAGAGUCAAGGAUGUUGAGAUUGUUUUAGAUGGGAAGCAGCAGCAGCAACGAGAAGAACAAGAACAGGAACAAGAAGAGGAAGAAGGUGGUGAUGUUCGUGUAAAGAGCAAUCUUAAGAAAGAUGAUUCGGAUUCGAAAGAAGUUCAGAAGAUGAGAGUUCAGUGGAUGGAUUUCUUGGGGAAAGAAUUAGUUGAGAUCCGUGAAUAUGAAGCCUGCAGUGAAGUGGAAGAUACCAACAAUGAUACCGCAUACGGUAAAGGCUGCGUUUGUACAAUUCUGUGACUCUGCCAUAUCAGCUUCUUCUGCAUAUUCUUGCAGCGACAAUUUUGUUGAGCAUGGAGAGAAAUAAUAGCUUGUGAUCUAUACUACAGUCGAUAUAUCUUCUAGUCCAAGGGUACCAUGUCUUUAAAUGGCUUCGGUUGCUUUGAUACCGUCAUCUUUCCUCACACGAGAAACACUCUAUAAGAAUUCAGUAUAGAAGACAGUUACAGUUUUUUAGAAACCCGAAAGAACGGUGUUAAGACCCUGGAAUGAACCAAGAUUGGCUUUGAAGAUGAAAUGGAAACAAGUGACUCAAGAUAAAUAGCAAUCACAAACCUUGAUUUUGAUUGGGACCUCUGUCCCAUUGGGAACAAUUCGGGCUUCCAUUCAUGAUGUCAAGGCAAAGAAUGGAGGGCUUGUUUUUUAUCUUCUGGAAAACAGUAGAGAAAGCAUGAUACCCACGGUUAAAAGUAUUGUCUACUUUUGAUACACAAUCAAUUAUAUUUUUGUUUUUGAGUUUUACAAUCUAAAAUACGUCUUGAUAAUUUAAAGAACUCAUAAACUAUUUAACCA